GGGGGGCACGCAUACGGACCUUUUUUCCUCUCUCGAGGCUUUAAUUCAGGUCAAGAGUAUCCUUGCCUUUUUGAGAGAUACCUCACCUUGCUACCGCUAUGGUGGGAUCGCCAUGUAUGGAGCCAGAUUUGAAAGUGAGCGUCCCAAGACGCUUACCUCGGAAACCUACAUGAUCUUUUUUCCCCCUCACUUAGCGCUGUCUGGAAUUCUUUCCCUGCUCCAGUCUCGUACGUUCUACGGUGACAUUUGGACUAAGUAACAUCUGCUCGAAAUUUGUUCGGAAUUAAGUCCAUGCUCGUUCGUUAAAGAGAUUAUUUUAUCGCAGGCAGAUUCUUCAGAGGCGGUGGACGAGACGUUAAGAAUGUGUCUUAUUAACGAGUGAUUCAUAUUAUUUUAGUAAUGAGUAAUUGUUUGUGCAUUUAGUGUGAUCGAUAAAAUUUGGAAACGAUUAAAAGAGUAUUAGGCGAUUAAAGAACUGUUUCGAGUAGCUGUCACAAUGUACAUGUAUAGCUAUCAGGAGUUGGCAAACAGAAUGAUGUCAUCCAUGGAUGAAUUCCAAGAGGCAUUCCAACUGUUCGACAGCAGAGGCGAUGGUAAAAUUCACAUUGCUCAAAUCGGAGACGCGUUGCGUGCCCUUGGGCAAAAUCCGACUGAGUCGGACGUGAAGAAAUUUACGCAUCAGCAUAAACCAGACGAGCGAAUUAGUUUCGAAGUGUUCUUACCGAUAUAUCAAGCCAUCAGCAAAUCCCGUACCUCCGAUACGGCGGAUGACUUUAUCGAGGGUUUGCGUCACUUUGACAAGGAUGGAAACGGCUUCAUUUCUUCUGCCGAGUUGAGACACCUACUAACGACUCUAGGUGAAAAACUCAGCGACGAAGAAGUCGAGACUCUCCUAGCAGGCCAUGAGGACUCUCAGGGUAACAUCAAUUACGAGGACUUCGUUCGUCAAGUGAUGUGUGGUUAACGUGUCGACUUAACAAGCAUUAACAUUAAUUCCUUUACUAGCUCGUUAAUUCCCCAGAAAUCUAUUUAUGAGUUGAUUCCUUCGGUACUCGAAUCGUCAUCCCUGUCCCUGCUUAGUUCUCCAGUGGGCACGCUAUGGUUGCAUAAGAAAGAGAAUAUACUUUUUUAUAUUAACAUUAAGGUAUAUCAAGUAGUUCUUCUCGGUCGGAUAUGAUCCAGUAUGUUGUGCCUUGACCUUUAACUAUAAAUUACCAGCGCCCUAGCAUUACUAGCAAAUGUAGGUAUACGAAACAGCCGAAUCUGUAUGGGACAUUCCAAAUCCUUCGAAUAGUUAAUAGUCCGAAACUUUAUUUUUCGAUAUACCCUCCCGCACUCUUGUACCGUUCUGGCCAUGUAUUCGAGUUUUCGCUAAAAUACAAUUUAUUUGGGAGGAUCACAA